GAAGUACUGAAGGUUUAAUAUUGAAAACAAAAAUAUUGUUUUACACUGGUUUUUAUAGUAAAAAUAUAAAUAGUUGAAAAAGUUCAGUAUAUUUUUAAAUACAUAGAGCAUGGGUAAAAGAAAAAAGAAGACAAAUAAAUCUGGUAUGUAUAUUUCUAUUGUUAAAUCGCUAAAUUUGAAAUUCUAGAAAGUCUAGAUUUUUCUCACCACGUGGUGGCGAUUGAAAGUCAUGGUUUGAUCAACAAAAACAUAAUUUCUUCCCAUUUUAAUAAUUGUUGCUGAAAUAAAUGCUGAAAUUUUUGCAUGUGGCGAUUUCGAAAGGAUCGAGUAGACCUCAGUUCUAUAUGUAAAUUGACUAAAUUCCCAUUUGUUUAUAAUUGUUUAUCACUUUGAAUUUUUAAUAUUCAAAUGAGAAUGAAAACAUGCAUAAAGACAAAGGGUGAUAUUUAACAAUGAGAUUGAGCAUGAUAUGAAGAAUUAUCAAGCCCAAUGUUUGUGCUGUCAACCAAAGCCUUCAUACAAAAGUAAUUAAGGGCCCACCCAUGCAAUUGGGUUAACCGGCCAGCACUGUCCAGCUAUUGACUGAAGAUCACUUUAUACAUAAUUUCUCUUAUAUAAUAUAUAUAGUUAUGAUCUGCAUGUCAUGUAAUGUUAUUUUGAACUAUAUGAUAAUAAAGUGAAAGAUAAUUUUAAUUAAACCAAAACAAAUUAGGGGCCAUUCACAAAAAAUGUGACGCUUGUGGGGGUAGGAGGCUAUUUGAUCAGGAGUCACAUAGUGUCACAAGGGGGGAGGGGUAUAUCACAAGUGGUAUCAUGUGACGGAGAGGCGUAUAGGGGACAAUUUAUCCCUGUCUAUAACAAAACAAGACUGUGUCCCUUAAUAGAUGACAAAUCAAUGUUUUCCGUUAAAAUGCUCAGGACUCCUGACAUCCCCAUGGAAAUAUACGGCACUCCCGUUUAUUCAAAGAACCUGAGUGGGAAACUGUUUAGGCUGAGGUUUUAAAUAAGGCAUUGAAAUAGUGUUGAUUUAUAGAUAAUGUUUUGAAUCUGUUGUUGCAUAUUAAAUUUGUGUUUUGUGAGUUGUCUUUUUUAUAUAUUUUUUUUUUUUUGGGGGGGGGUUGGCUCAGUGUCACAUAUUUUAUGAUGGGGUGUACUGGUAGCUGUCACAUAUUGUCACAUAUCGUAGGGAGGGGUGAAAAAUUGGCAAAAACAGCUUCACAUAUUUUGUGAAUGACCCCUUAUCAAUUUGAACUAUUUGGGUAUAAACGUGUGGGAGGAGAAUUAUUUUUCGUUGUAUAUUUGCCAAAUUUCAAUAUUUCAUGUUGUCAGGGAGGGGUAAAAAAUUAUUAGAUGCAGAUCCCCAUCUCUAAUAUAUGCCAAUGCGACAGCUACUCAACAUCCCACACUCUCGUACCCAGAGCCCUUCUUACGCACGGUGUGACAAGGGGCUCUGGCGAAAUCCAUAUCCAAACUGACAUCUGAUUGGCCCGGAUAUUGUUUUCUUACCAUGUUUUUAUGAUAUCCGGUAACCCGGUUAUGGAUUUGGCCAGAGCCUCUUGUCACACCGCGCGUAAGAAGGGCUCUGGGUACGAGAAUGAACAUCCCAUGGACCACUAAGAUUUUAAGGUAAGUGGCAGCCUUGUCCCCAGGUCCCAUAGUGUUCUCUGUGGCGCAACUUUUUGCAUUGGCCCUAAGCAAGGCAGCAUGUGUGCUCGCCACAAAUUAAGCGCACAAAAAAGCUGUAAGACUGUGUUUUUUGUCCACAUGCAUCCACAUAAAUAGAUGAGCACCCAAUAUGGUACACCCAGUUUUGAUAUCCUGGCUAAAAAACUGGAAAGUUUUCCUCUAAUUUAUUUGCCCCUUAAUUACACCAUCGGGUGAAAUAUGGUUAUUCCAGUGGGCAGCAUAUUUGAAGCUAGUUUUUAUUUGAUAGGUGUUUCUUCCAAAGAGAAUAAAAAUGAAAGCAAGGAUAAAGAAGAAAGUUUGCAUGAACAAAAAUUUACUGCAGAUGAUCUACUUAAAAAGGUUCAGAACUUUGAUAUGUGCAUACUGUAGAUUAGUCAACUUUAAUCAAUUGAAUAGGUUUUGGAUUUAUGUCACUUAAUUGCAAGCUCGCUGCGAUCGAGUGCUUUCAUAAUACUCAACAAUUUAUUUUAAGUAGAUGUAAACACUCUUCACAAUGAGCUUGCAAGUUGGUUUUUGCAAUGUGUGGAAAGGAGCCUCAAGCUAGGGAAAGAUUAGCGUUAGAAAAGAGCCUGAAGAAAUACAGAGAGGGAGAAAUACAGAAGAGCCUGCCUGACAGCCUGAAAAAAUUAGAUCACCACCCAUUUGGUUAAUAUUAAACUAAAUAUGCAAGCAUGAUUGACAUUUCCGUACAAAUGUUAGAUAAACCAUAGGCAGCCCAGCAAACACAUGUAUUCACUUAAAAAUGCGUUAAAAACAUUUAAAAAUGCGCAUAAAGUUCCCCUGACUUUGGUAUCUAGUCUGCAUACAUAAUGCUACACAAUAACUAAGCAUGAUGACGUCAUUGUAGGAUAUUAUUACAUAAUACUAUACAAUAUUUCUAGAACCACUGAGUAUUUUAAUAAAAUACAAAUACUAUACUAUAUGACAAUACAAUGACGUAACCAUGCGAGUCUGCAUACAUAAUGCUACACAAUAACUCGCAUGAUGACGUCAUUGUAGGAUAUUAUUACAUAAUACUAUACAAUAUUUCUAGAACCACUGAGUAUUUUAAUAAAAUACAAAUACUAUACUAUAUGACAAUACAAUGACGUAACCAUGCGAGUCUGCAUACAUAAUGCUACACAAUAACUCGCAUGAUGACGUCAUUGUAGGAUAUUAUUACAUAAUACUAUACAAUAUUUCUAGAACCACUGAGUAUUUUAAUAAAAUACAAAUACUAUACUAUAUGACAAUACAAUGACGUAACCAUGCGAGUCUGCAUACAUAAUGCUACACAAUAAAACAAUACAAUGACGUAACCAUGCGAGUCUGCAUACAUAAUGCUACACAAUAACUCGCAUGAUGACGUCAUUGUAGGAUAUUAUUACAUAAUACUAUACAAUAUUUCUAGAACCACUGAGUAUUUUAAUAAAAUACAAAUACUAUACUAUAUGACAAUACAAUGACGUAACCAUGCGAGUCUGCAUACAUAAUGCUACACAAUAAAGCGCUAGAUACCAGAGUCAGGCGAAAAGCAUUUUUGAAUGUUUUUAACGCAUUUUUAAGUGAAUAGUUUACAUAUAUUUGCUGGGCUGCCUAUGGAUAAACACAAUUAAUCCGUUUUAAAUCUGAUGAAAAACGUUGAGCAAUAUUCGCAAACGAUUCCUGUGGAAUCGAAUUUGUAAACCAAAUCUUAAUUUAAACUGAGAGCAGACAAGAAGAGCCUGAAUUGUAGGUGCAUAUAAAGUGUUUCUUCAUACUGGGUGUCAACUAUUUGACAAUUUGUGAAUUUCUUAUUAAAAUAUUGACACGUUUGAAUAUCAGAAAAGUCGCUAAUCAUUAUAUUUCUAACAAAUGCCGGCCUCCAAAAUGCAGUUAAGAUGCUUUCAUCUGUAUGAUCUGAUCCUCCGUGAUCCUCCUAUAUCAUAUUGUUUUAUUUAAAUGCCUUAUUGUGGAUACAUGAAGGCCUAUAUAUAUAAAUAGUCAUAUUAUUGCAUGGUUAUAGGGUACUAUCAUUUCAAAAAUCGGAUAGAACAGCAUCAUUCCUCUAAUCUCGACAUUAAUUAAGAGUGAUAUUUCUGGGCCUGAGUGUGUUGAACAAUUAUUACGAACUUGGUUGAAGGACCUAACCCCUGAAAAAUAUAAAAUGAACAUUGUUUUUGACUUGUUCCUACAGUAGCUUGUGCUAAUGCUGUGUUCAAUAAUAUAUAACAAUCGGCCAUCGCGGCCAUUUUACUAGCAAAACGGUGAUAUGGGCGUUGAUUGCUCCGCACGGACAUUAUGGCCGACCAUUUUGCCGCAUUACUGUACUAAUUCUCCCUCGCUUUUGCAAUACCAAAACGCGUAGUCUCGUAUACACAUGCAAAGAAAGAUGUUUUUCGGAAAACAAUGCAAUGUGAACCCACCGUAGCGAACUUCGCAAAGUCCGUAACGCGGUUCGGUUGUUCCUAUCUCUGAAAGAUACCGACGACUUUUAAAACUUACAGCUCGCCAAAUUUAUUGAUCGAAAAAUAGCUAGUGCUCUAUUAUAUCCGACAAAGCAUGGGUUAAGUGGGUUAGUUUUUGGGAUUAUACUGUUUUGAUUUCUUGCUUUUUGUUGUUUAUAUCAAAAGGUUGAAGAAUACAUGGAAAGUUUCAACUUUGAUGUAGCUGAAAGGUUUUGCACUCGUGCUCUAGAAAUGUCUCCAGACAAUCUACAGGCAUUAAAUAUGGCUGCUUCAAUAUAUUUGGAAAUCGGAAAGAUUGAUGAAGCAGUUAGUGUAUCCUUUUUGCAAUAUUUUGUGAAUAUAAUGCUAUUUUCAGUUGAUAGGUGAAUGUUGACAGUUAUAAUUAGUAAGGUGAACUUGAAAGCUCGCUUGAAAGAUGUAAUUAUAUCGCGUCACUUGGAUUAUCAAUCUACUCCAAUAUUCAUGAGUUAUAAUUAUAGUAUGAAAAAAAGGGCCGAAAUAUUGUCCACGCAGGCGUUUGUUUUAUGGCUUGACAUUGAACAACUUGGAAACGUUGUAGAAACAUCUAAAUAUCAUGUGUUUGUUAUAUUUAGGAGCAUGCAGUUUAGAUAUUCACCGCUUAUAAAGACAAUUAUAAGCUGAAGACAUUGCGUCAUGCAUGAAUUUGUUCGACGGCGGAGAUGGUGUUCGUCUACUAUCAUUGAACAAGAGAAGCAAUUAUUCUACAAAACAUGUUUCUGAUGAUGUUUCCUGGUUUGCUCACAUGGCUAUACGAAUUAGAAGUGCCUUGAAAAGUCAUAUAUUAAUGAGCUUAAUAUAAGCUGUCAAGAAACAGGUUUUUUUCUUAAUUACUAUAAAAUAACCAGUGUUUAAGACACGCUAUAGAGAUUGAACCAUGCAAAGGUUUCAGUAAAUACAUGACGUUAGGUGAGCUUUUAGAAGGAGAAGAAGCAGUUGAGUGUUUGAAAAAAGGAAUUGAGAUAAUGAUUACUGAGAAAGAAACAAAUGAAAAGGUAUAUAUUGUGUCGUAUACUAUAUUUAUUUCAUGCAGUAGUUCUUAUCUUGUAAUUGAGACUACAGUAUUUAACGAAACUAAUAUACAAUAAUAAUAAAUAAAAAAAUCGUAGCAUUCCCAAUUAAAUUUGCGUUGCAUUUUUCAUUAAAACCGCUACAUGCCAUUACUAUACUAUAGCAGUACAAUAAUUGCAUAAAAACACUGCAUGGUUUCAUGCAAUUUAUUAUUUAUACUGUAUGAUAAAAAUCGGGUACAAAAUUACAGUGAAGUUUGUCAAAUUUUAGGAGAACGUUUCUGAUAGUGCAGGUGCUGUAAAUACUGAACAUGAAGAAAUUACUGAUCGAGACAUUUCAAAUGCAUUUUGUUCACUGGCGGAAAUAUAUCUAACUGAUUGCUGGUAUGGUACCUGCAUGCAGCUUCAUUUUUUUGUAUUAAUAAUAAUGUUUAAUUUUCUGUAAUUAACUUGGCAAUUAAAUUAAGUGGUAUGUGUGACCAUUUAAAGUUUGCCAUUUGUGUAUAUUUCAAGUUUUGUAGAGGAUGCUGAGAAUUCUUGCAAAUUAUAUUGUGAAAAAGCGAUAGAGAAGGAUGCAGACAAUCCUGAUGCUUAUCAAGUCAUGGCGAACUUUCUGUUGAGUGAACAGAAGAACGAGGUUUGUUUGUCUUCUCGUGAUACUUCGUUGAUACACUACUGUAUAUAAUACUUGUCUUGAAAAUACGACACUGUACAUUAUCAUCCUCGCAUAAUAACAACAGCAAACUAAAUGUUUGAUGAUACACUGGCUAAUAAUAACAAUUAAUUAACCUACUAUGCAUAGCUAAUUUACUAACCAGCCAAUUCUAAUUUGUACCUGACAAAUGUAUAAAGUAGUUAAUUGGCUAUACUUAUUGUACUAGCAAACUAACAAAUUGCAAUCUGUAUAUGCCAUGAGGAAAAGUAAUAAAAAUUAUUAUUAAUUGGUAGAUAGCCUGAUGUUAUUUGACUGACAAACUAAUAAUAUCAACCAGCUAUAUAUUACUGGUUAACUAACCAUCUUUGACUAACUAUAACUCAACUUUAACGGUAGUACUGAUGAUAUCUAUACAGUAUAAAGAUAUAUGGUUUGAUUUUAGGAAGCUAAAGAAAUCUUGUUAAAAGGUUUAAAUCUCUGGCAUGGCUGUGACGACCCACACAUAAAGGUUGGACAUGUUGUAGAUAUGUAUCAGUUAUAUAAAUCCAAUUUAAUGGUAUAUAGGGAUGGUAAGUAGCUAAUAAAGGCCGGUUCUAGGACAAAACGGUUUGCGCAUGCGCGGGUUAAAUUGAUGACGUCACUUCCGGUUGAAUCGAUGACGUCACUUCCGGUUCCCCAAUUUCCCGCGCCGUCCUGGGGGUCCUCUGCCUGCCGGACACCUCCCCCGUGCUCGCGCAUCCGUGGUCGCGAACACGCAGGUACGCAAGUUCGUACACACGUGCUCUGACAGUUUGACAGUUUGCCAAAUACUCGUGGGUGUUGAUCCGAUGUUCCGAGGGCCCCGCACGCCCUCACACCCACGUGCCCGUACGCCCCGCAUGCCCACAUGCCGGCAUGCCCGCACGCCCGCGCGUGCUCACACGCACGCUUGUCGGAGUCUUGCUGAACAGAAUCAACAUUUAUAGAUUUAUCAGGUUAAAAAUAAAAGUAAUGUCUUUGCCUAAAUGGAUUAGGGAUAAGAAAGCAGUUACUAAUAUGGAGUGCGAAGAUGGGGAUAGUUUUAAGUAUACAAUCACACGUUCUCUGCAUCCGGUGGAGAAAAAGGUAAGUACCGUUAGCGGAACCCUGAUAGAAUAGUCGGAGAAUCUGGACUGGUCGUCACCGAUUGUUCCGGAAUUUGAGAAAAAUAACGGAAUAGGGAUUAAUUUGAUCGGAUUGUCUGGCGACAGGAUUGUUGCAUUAAAGGUGGCAGGAUGGACGUAUCCGAAGGUUGUUACGUUAUUUUUUUACGGAUCUAGGUAUUAUGUUGUUAGAAAUAUAAGUCGUUUAUGGUCGUGUCAAAUUAACAGGAGUAGGAGGUCGAGGAUAUUUUGUGAUCGGUGUUUGCUUUCCUUCGGAGGUAAGGUAGGGUUUGAUAAGCACAUUCUCAUCUGUCGCACCAGUAUAAAUAAAGGUAUGUAUUCUUCUGAAGUGUCUUACGAUAGAUGCCGGGAAAGUACGGAUUUUCCUUUUGAAGUGUCUCUUAAGAAAUAUGAGGAGAAUAUGGAUUUGUAUUUAAAUACUGUAAAAAGGUCCAAUUACAAGGACAUGAGCGUCAUUUAUGUGGCGUAUUUAGACUCUAUCGGUUGGAACUUUGAUGGACCGGCUCCAGAUGGGGAAUUGCUGAACGGUAUGGAUUCCCCGCUUUCAAAGACCCUUUCAGCAUACCAUAAAAGGUUGUGUCCACCCAGGGGACCGAGGAAGGAGAGGAAGAGGAGCAAGGACAUGGAGCUUUUUGA